UAUUUUACUGUUUUCAAUCUGUUUUUUGGGUUACCAUUUAAUGCUUGAACUAGGCUAUCACUCAACCUCUCUGACCCAAACACACCUUUCUGCUUAUCUGUAUUUUUCUCUUACAAACCCUCUUCAAUUCUGCGUUCUGUAUGUGUAUAUGUGUCUAUUCUAAGACAGCCCAGAAGCUUGGUUUUGCUUGGAAGCAAGAAAAAAGUGACCUUUUUGCAGAUCUUGGUUAGACAUUGUUAAAAAGCACUGAUAAAGGCUGCAUUGACAAAGUUGCGGAUGGAUUUUUGUUACCGGAUUGUAUCUGUCUUGGCUAUCUUAUCCUUUAUCCAGGGAUUUUAAAGUUGCUUGGUAUAUAUUUUGUGAACACAUCUAUGGGGGUUGAGAGAGAAAGAUCCAAGAGUGGAGGUGGCUAUGUUGGUGGGUUCCUCCACCUUUUUGAUUGGAAUACAAAAUCUCGAAAAAAUUUGUUCUCAAACAAGUCCAAUGCACAAGUGGAGCAAUUGAAGCAGAAAACUAUAAAUGAUCAUAAUCAUCCAACAACACAGUUAUAUUUGAUGGAUCAAGAUGAUAGUCUAGCCCGAUCCAGUUUCAAAGGAAGUAGUGAGUAUAGUUGUGCUUCCUCAGUAACAGAUGAUGAUGUUGGUGGGAGCAAGGCACCCAGUGUUGUAGCAAAGCUAAUGGGAUUAGAGUCCUUGCCAACAUCUAACUUUUCAGAGGCCUACUCCACCCCAUUUUUAGACUCUCGUUCUUUGAAAGAUGCUUACUACUAUAGAAAAAGUGAAGAGUUUCAUGAAGACCAACAAAUCAUGCGCUCUGGUAAUGUUUUUGACAGGUCACAAAACACUUUAAGGAAUAAUUUAGAUUCAAAGAUUCAUAAAUCUAUAAGCAAGCCAUUUGAGAAGUUUCAGAGUGAGGUUUUGCCUCCCAGAUCAGCUAAAUCCAUUCCACUAACUCACCAUAAGCUUUUGUCUCCUAUCAAAAGCGGUGGAUUCCUUCCAUCGAAGAAUGCGGUGCACAUAAUGGAAGCUGCUGCUAGGAUUUUUGAUUCUGGAAGCCAGGUUACUACCAAAGCAAAGUUGCCUUCGGUUGGGUCUUCAGUACCCUUAAAAGUUAGGGAUUUGAAAGAGAGGGUGGAAGCUGCUAAAAAACCAUCAAAUCUUGUUGAAUCUUCUCAAAAGCCAUUGGAAUCUAUUGCUGCUAAAAAUAUCAAGGGACAAUCCAUGACCAAGAGUUGGAAUGGAUCACUAGAUUCAAAGACAUUUAGAGCAUCUUCAAAUUCAGAAGAAGGUUCAGUUGGUUCAAAGAAUAAGGGAAAAUCCGUGUCUCUUGCUGUCCAAGCAAAGGCCAACGUUCAGAAAAGGGGACUGUCCCCAAAUCACAGCCGAACAUCAGCUGGCCAGAAAGAGCAGGGUGAAAUGACGACGAACCAGAUCUUUAGAAGUCAACCAAGUUUGCAGAGGAGUUCACAUAAGAAAUCUUCUACAAACAAUUCCUCCUCUGUACUCAGGCAAAAUAAUCAAAAACAAAAUUGCAUAGCUGAAAGAGAAAAGGUAGCUGUGAAAUCCUUAAAUUCUAACAAUUCACAAGUUAAAAAAGUUACAUCUGGAGAUUCUUCACUUGGAAGACAGAGAAACUCAAGUAAAAAUUCUGGGAGUAACAAAAAUGGUUCCAGAAAGAUUGAGCGCGAGGGAAAUGACGAUGGUAGAGAAGUUCCGUAUUCUAGUACAAGUGUCACUAGGAAAAAAAGAUGUAUAGAUGGAGAUUUUAACUUUCAGAAAGACCAGGCUGUUAAAAGUGAAAAAAAGGGAAAGGCAGAUCAACAUAAUGGAGUGAGGGAGAGUAAAUUCAGUUGGGCCGAAGAUAGCAGAAGCAAUGGAAUGGAUGUUGUUUCUUUUACAUUUACGGCUCCGAUGGGACGAUCGAUUCCUGUUCCCGAAACUUCUAGAGAAAAAUUAGAGAAAAAUAAUGCCUUCUCUGCAGAAUUUCAAGGUAAAGAGGUAUUUUUUAACUCAAGUGGUACCAAUCGAUUAAGGCCAUCAUCAGUAGGACAUAACAUGAUAGAAGGUGAUGCUUUGAGUAAUCUCUUAGAACAAAAGCUUAGAGAAUAUACUCUUGGGGUGGAUUCUUUUUCCCGUAAAGCAGAGGAAGUUGGUAGUACUACUUCAAGUCAGGAUCAGACACCACUAAAGGCAGUUGUGAAAUCAUCAAAAUUACAUAUUGAAGGAAACCAGAUGGGGUCGCAGACAGAGUGCUUGGAUGGGCGAUGGAAUCCUGUGUUCUCUUCAAAUACUUAUACAGAAGGACACAUGAGCAAACAUAAGCUUCAGGAGGUGGAAGAUAUGUUCGACUGUGGUAGCAACAGUAGUGAAGUAAAAAAUCUUCUUGGCUGUCGGCAUCCUAGUCCAGUUUCUAUACUUGAACAUUCCAUCUUUGCAGAAAGUUCUAACUCUUCAGAUACUGGAGAUAGUACUAGUACAGAAGGUCUAGUUAUCAGCAAGCAGUGCUCUACAUCCGUCCAAGGCCAGGAUGUUUCUAAUAUGAGGGGUUCAUAUAAGUUCCGUGUAGUGGAAUCUGAUGCAGAGUUAUCCGACUCAGCUUCUUCAUCAUCCACCAGAUUUGUGACUACCAAGCAUGUGACGUUAGCUAUGACCGAUCCUGUUGGUUCAGCAAAAUGGGAACUGGAAUAUGUGAAAAAGAUUUUAUGCAACAGUGAGAUGAUGUUCAAGGAUGUUUCAACUGGCCAGGCAUCUCAGAUAGUAGACCCCCGUCUUUUUGAUCAGCUAGAAAGUUGUGAAGAUGAGCUUAAGCUACAACGAAAAGUGUUAUUUGAUUGUGUGGGUGAAUGCAUGGAUUUGAGAUUUAGACAUUAUGCCGGGGGAGGUUACAAAGCAUGGGAAAAAGGGCUGUCAAUGGCUAGAAGAACGAAAUGGUUAGCAGGAGAAGUUCACAGAGAGAUUUCUAGCUGGGAAGCCAUGGGGGAUUGCAUGGUGGAUGAGCUCGUAGACAAGGAUAUGAGCAGCCAAUGUGGAAGCUGGCUUAACUUUGGCGUCGAAACAUUUGAACUAGGAGUAGAGAUGGAGCGCAAGAUACUGAAUUCUUUGCUCAACGAACUCAUCUCUGAUAUUCUGGUACGUUGAUAUCAACAAUAUUCAUUUUAACUUCUGUAAGUUAGUCUCAGAUCUUCAACUGCUUGUCUACUUGUCUUCCGAAGCUAUUCCUUUCUAAUCUUGUAUCAACUUGUUUAUUAGCUCUGUGAUUAGAAGCAUUCAUUUCGUGGCAGUUUGUAAUUUAGAUAUAACAUUGAAAUCGUAAUUAGCAAAUUAUAUACCAGUAACAUAUGUUUUGGAUUUGCAUUCA